GUCUAGUCGUCUUGCCUCGCUCGCAUCCGAACCGUCCCCCAAGCGCAGCGCGUCCAUGGCGUCCACCGCGCUGGUGGCAGUGGCAGUGGGGGGCGGCCUCUGUCCCGGUCUCGUCGCCUCCUGCAGCGUCGCAUCCUGCUCCCUGCGCGCCGGCGGCGGUGACUCCCCACGGCUUGGCCGCCGCCUCGUCCUCCUGCAGAGAGGAGGAGGCGCCGAGGGAGAGAGGAAGAGGAUACGGAAUUGCCCAAUAUUUCGUUGUGCCAAUGAGGUGGAUGUCGUGACCGAGGAUGACAAUGUGGAUGGUGAUGCUACCGACGAUGAAGAAGACCUUGAGGCUGCAGCUGAUGACGCUAUUGAUGCUGACGUUGAUACUGAAGAUGAACUGGAUUCUUCGCUGCCUGAGGAUGUUGAGUGGAUAAAGCAGCAGCCACUUCCUUAUCCUUUGGAUGCCCUGGAGCCAUACAUAAGCAAGGAGACGGUGGGGCAGCACUGGGGAGUUCAUCAGCAGAUUCACGUGGACCGGCUCAAUGGCAUGAUCGGUGGUAGCGAGUGGGAAGGCAUGUCGCUGGGGCAGAUGAUGCUCGCCUCGUUCAAUGAGGGCAGAGAGCAGCCCCAUCCUCCCUUCUUCCAUGCUGCACAGGUAUGGAACCAUGAUUUCUAUUGGCGAUCCAUGAAACCUGGCGGUGGGGGCAAGCCACCGGAACGGCUUCUGAAGUUUAUUAAUAGAGACUUUGGCUCCUAUGAGGGUAUGAUCCGCCAAUUCAUGGAUGCUGCAUUAACUCAGUUUGGUUCUGGAUGGGUUUGGCUUUCCUACAAAGGAAGCGGUUUGCCUUAUGUGAAAUCAAGAAGCCCAAUCGCAUCGGACAAUUAUGGUAGGCUGGUCAUCUCAAAGACUCCAAAUGCCAUCAACCCUCUUGUCUGGGGCCACUCUCCACUCCUUGGGAUUGAUGUUUGGGAGCAUGCAUACUACCUGGAUUAUGAGGAUCGAAGGGCUGAUUAUGUUUCUGCAAUUCUAGAGAAUCUUGUGUCGUGGGAAAUAGUCGAGUCAAGGCUCACGAAAGCCGUUGUACGGGCAGUAGAAAGAGAUGAGGAUCUCCGCAGAAGAAUUCAAAGGAAGCAGCAUUUAUCUCAGGCGAAUGGGCAGAGUAGAGCUAGGCCUCGCACUCGGCAAGGCAGACCGACAGGGUGGCAAGGAGACCAAGAAGUCGCCAGGAGCAGCCCUGUGGAGGCAUGACAACGCAGCUGGUGAAUGAGGUGCAAUCAGGUCCCUUGUGUAGCUGAAUGGUGCCGCAAAGAUGGGGAUGAACCUGCAACACGAACACCAGAAAAAGGCGAUCAACCUUUUCUUGAUGACAGUCUUCAGAGCUUGCAUGGGCAUAUUUGUCUAUUCAGGCUGCAUUGCAUACACCCUCAGUACUGUGAAGGGGUUGGGAUAAGUUUUGGUAAGUAGGAUUAGGGUAGAGGUAGAAAUGUAGAAUAGACAGAAAUUCGCCAGAGGUCCAGAACUCGAUUUGCUCGCUGUUCCUUUGGGAUGUGAGUGACAAUGGAAGAUAUGCUUGUGUGUUCUGAACCAUUGGUUGGCAAACCAAGGCUGCAAGAUGUGUUGUCGCUCGUCAGUCUUGUUCAUCCCUUUCCAGUGAUGAUCAGUGACCUGUGACUCUGUGAGGAUGUACCCAUUUGUUAAGGAACUUGCACCGGCUUUGUUUUGGUCUCACUUCAUUUAUAUAUGGACUAUGUUGUAAUGUGGAA